AUGGCGGGGCGGCGGACACGCGGCGAGAGAGAGACGCGAGGGACAGGCAGAGGACGGAGCCGAGCAGGUUUCAGGCACGUGGAGAGAAUGCAGAGGAGGGAUGGAGCAGAGCAGGUUUCAGGCACGUGGAGAGAAUGCAGAGGAGGGAUGGAGCAGGAGGAGCAGAGCAGGUUUCAGGCACGUGGAGAGAAUGCAGAGGAGGGAUGGAGCAGGAGGAGCAGAGCAGGUUUCAGGCACGUGGAGAGAAUGCAGAGCAGAUGGGAUGGAGCAGGAGGAGCAGAGCAGGUUUCAGGCACGUGGAGAGAAUGCAGAGGAGGGAUGGAGCAGGAGGAGCAGAGCAGGUUUCAGGCACGUGGAGAGAAUGCAGAGGAGGGAUGGAGCAGGAGGAGCAGAGCAGGUUUCAGGCACGUGGAGAGAAUGCAGAGCAGAUGGGAUGGAGCAGGAGGAGCAGAGCAGGUUUCAGGCACGUGGAGAGAAUGCAGAGGAGGGAUGGAGCAGGAGGAGCAGAGCAGGUUUCAGGCACGUGGAGAGAAUGCAGAGGAGGGAUGGAGCAGGAGGAGCAGAGCAGGUUUCAGGCACGUGGAGAGAAUGCAGAGCAGAUGGGAUGGAGCAGGAGGAGCAGAGCAGGUUUCAGGCACGUGGAGAGAAUGCAGAGGAGGGAUGGAGCAGGAGGAGCAGAGCAGGUUUCAGGCACGUGGAGAGAAUGCAGAGGAGGGAUGGAGCAGGAGGAGCAGAGCAGGUUUCAGGCACGUGGAGAGAAUGCAGAGGAGGGAUGGAGCAGGAGGAGCAGAGCAGGUUUCAGGCACGUGGAGAGAAUGCAGAGGAGGGAUGGAGCAGGAGGAGCAGAGCAGGUUUCAGGCACGUGGAGAGAAUGCAGAGGAGGGAUGGAGCAGAGCAGGUUUCAGGCACGUGGAGAGAAUGCAGAGGAGGGAUGGAGCAGGAGGAGCAGAGCACCCACCGGAUGAAGAGGUUGUAGCCAUCACCCACCUCCUCUGA